AUGGAAGUUCUUCGACGUUAUGCUACAGAAGCUCCCGAUCAACGUGCUUGGAUAGAUACCAAACCUACAUUUAUUGUCAGUUGGUGGUGCACAAUUUUUGCCAUUACUAUAAUUUUGUUCCGGAUUUCUGGUAGAUAUGUUCGAACGGAGAAGCUCUAUCUUGAAGAUGGCAUUAUGAUGGUGGCAAUCAUACCUCUGCUCACGAGAAUGGCUUUCGUCCAUGUUAUCUUAAUGUUUGGCACCAAUAACUCUCUGACACUUGGUUUGUCAUCAGAAGAUGUACGGAAAAGAAGAAUUGGGAGUCAACUUGUUUUAUUCUCAAGGAUAUUGUACGCUGCGUACCUAUGGGCCAUAAAAUACAGCACCAGCAUAUUUUUACGUUCCCUGACCGGACAAAUCUGGCAACGAGUACACCAUAAACUGCUCAAAUAUCUUCAUAUUAUGCUCGCCGUUACUUUCAUGGCCACUGUUGUCAGUGAUAUUGCUGAGUGUCAACCUUUCACUCAUUACUGGCAGGUCAUUCCAGAUCCUGGACCAAAAUGCCGUCAAGGCUACGCGCAAUUUUUCACAGCCGGCAUUCUCAAUAUCAUUACAAAUUUUGCCUUAAUCAUCUUUCCCGUUCCAAUGAUUUUGAAGUCAAAUCUAUCAACUCACCUCAAACUGAGCGUUAUUAUACGUUUAGCACUUCCAAUACUAUGUAUCUUUGCAACGAUCAAUCAGCUCAAGAGAGUAGUAUCCCACAACGGCGAUCAGCAAAUCCGUUCACUCCUGGCUUCCCUUGACAUUCUCCUCACCACAUUAGCAUCUAAUGCCUCAGUAAUCGGUUCGCUCCUCCAAGACAAAGGCUAUAAGAAAACGAAAUACAAAACCCCCAUCUACCGCGAUAUCCCCUCCCGUGCUCCCUCUUCCCGCUAUACUGGGAGACUUGACAGUGAUGAGGCUCUCAUGAUUGAAAAUCCCGAUGUAGAUGGAAAAGGCGCUGUGAUGAUCGCAUUAGAUGUCUUACAUGAGACUGCGGGCCGGGAGAAUAACGAAGCGAAGAAAUUUGAUAGGGGCGGAGUAGGAAGCGGAUUGACGAAACCGGAGCAUGUCUGGGCUGGUGACCACAUUAGAGUUGAAAGGGCUUGGGAUGUAAAAAUUACGAAAGACGAUAUGCCUGGAAGCCCCUAG